UCAUUUUUUUUUUUGCCUUCGAAAUUCCUCGCAUUUGGUUUCCCUUGUUGAUUUGGGGGAACGGCGGCGGCGGCGAGAGAGCGGCUGCGGCGGCGACGGCGGCGGCGAAGAAGAAGAUGGCGUCCAACUUCUCGUUCCCUCCGCUGGCGCCGGAGCAGAUAGCGGAGGCGCUGCACACCUACGGCCUCGCCCCCACCGCCAACCUCCGCGCGGAGGACAUCGCCAACCCGCAGCCGGAUCUCCUCCCCGCCGUCAUCUCCAACUUCCUUGCCACCGUCGUCGACCCCACCGGCGCCGACGACCUCGACGGGCAGCUAGGGUUCGACGCGCUGGCGUCGCUCGACAACCCGGAGCACUAUAGGGAGGGCAUCCGGGUCCUCCGCCUCCACAAGAGGGCCAACGCUUUCCUCGAGUCCAUCCAGUUCCCCGGGUUCACGCUCCGCGACCUCCUCCGCCCAGACCCGCGCCGCCUCGUGCAAGUCCUCAGCGCCCUCAUCAACUUCCUCUACUACAGGGACGAGAAGCUCGCCCUCCUGCAGCCCAUCAUCCAUGAGUUCCCCAACUUGGAUGAACGGUGCAUGGAGCUCAAUGCCAAGAUUGCCGAGCAUCAGAAGGCAAUCGCCGAUCAAGAGCUCGCCGCGCAAAUGGAGGUGCCUAUGGUUCAGCAGCUAGAGGCGGAGGUCAAUUCCCUGAAGCAAAAACUUGUAGAGUACAACAAAAAGCAGCUGGCACUGAGGGCCAACGCCACUGCGAUCAAUGACAAGAAAGAGGAGACCCACAGAAAGAUUGCCAAAAGCGAUUUUGAGUUGGUGAAACUAGCCCAAGAAAAUUCCAAGUUAUUGUCAAAAAUUGUUCAGUCCCCAGAAAAGCUUCAGAGGGCCCUUGAAGAGAAGAAAACAGCUCGUGCUGAGUUGAAGAAUGCUGAGAAGAUAGCAAUGCAAAGUGUACAAGAGAAAACUGCCACUUUGGAGAUAUACAGUAAGGGUUAUGAAAAAUUGUCGAAGCAUUCUUCUAAAAUCCAGGCUUUACAAGAACAGUUUACUGCAACUAAAGCCCUUGAGAAAGAAGUCAAAGCGCGCAAAGCUAAGAUUAGUGAUGAAAGUGUUGAAAUUAUGGCCCUUGACACAAAGACUAUUGAAUGGGAUGGGAAAGUGCAUGAAAUGGAGGAGCGUGUUAAAGCUAAAGAAAAAGAAAGGGAUCAAAUAGUAGCAGACGAAAAUCAGAAGCUGGCUGCUUUGAGGUCUGAAGUUGAAUGGAAACUCAAGUGUCUUGAACCUCGUGAAAGGAAAGUAGAGGAAACAAUUGCAAAGGCUACUAAACUAUGUGCGGAGGUUGAUUCAACAAGGACUGAUGCUGCAGAAGAACUGCGGCUGAUAUAUGCUAAAUUUCAACAAAUUGGACAUGCCUUUACUUGCUACAAGGACAAUUUUAAGACUUUCUUGGAACAAGUUGAUGAGGUGAGCAAAGAAACUUUAGAAAGUUUAGGUCGCCAAGCUGUGGAGCCAUUGGACACAUCUGCAACAUUGUCGAUUGAGAAAGAGAACUCCUGCGGCCCCGCUCCCUGAAAAGAGGAUAGCCAAUUGGAGAAGAUAGCUAGGGUGUUUUGCGCCACUGUUGUAAAUUUGGAAUUGAGCUGUUUUUGUUAUCACUGGUGACAGUUAUGCUCUGUUUGAACCUCAUCUGACCAAUUCGGUGAGAAUACUUCAUCAUCGAAUCAUCUGCAGUCGUUAUGUAAAAAAAUCUUGAGUCACUCUGAUAUGGAAAUGUUGGUGUCAGGUUGCCAAGUAAAAACUUUGGAUUAUCUGUCC